UAAAUGUCAACAUCGACGUUGUAAGCCUGAAAAAGAAACUCAAACAAGAGAAGACAGGAGAUUAAUUCAGAUCCGGGAGACGAACCGUUCACGUAGUGUGAUAAUUGAGUAUGGUGGACAGUGUUUACCGUACACGCUCUCUCGGUGUAGGUGUAGUUGGUCUUCCUGAUCAGUAUGCCGACGGUAAAGCAGCGAAAGUGUGGCAGCUGUACAUCGGAGACACUAGGAGCAGGACAGAGGAGUACAAGAGCUGGGUGCUGUCCCUGCUCAGAAAACAUGGGGUUCAGAAGGUGCUGGAUGUAGCCUGCGGCACAGGGGUGGAUUCCAUCAUGUUGGUAGAAGAGGGAUUCAAGGUGGUUAGUGUGGAUGCCAGUGACAAAAUGCUCAAAUAUGCUCUUAAAGAGAGAUGGGAGAGGAGAAAAGAGCCCGCCUUCGAUAACUGGGUAAUUGAGGAGGCCAACUGGCUAACAUUACCAGAAGAUGUUAAAAAACCUGGAGAUGGGUUUGAUGCAGUAAUCUGUCUAGGCAAUUCAUUUGCUCAUUUACCAGACUUCAAAGGAGACCAGAGUGAUCAGAAGCUUGCCUUACAAAACAUAGCCAGCAUGGUGAAACCUGGAGGGAUCCUAAUCAUUGACCACCGUAACUAUGAUUACAUUCUUGAGACUGGCCAAGCACCCCAAGGAAAGAAUAUUUUCUAUAAGAGUGACCUGAAACAGGACAUCUCCACCUCAGUACUGUGGGUAAAUAGCAAGCCUCACAUGAUCACACUGGACUACACUCUGGAACUGCCUCAACCAGAGGAUGUUCAGACUCCACCUGAUACAAGUAAAUUCCGCCUGUCAUACUACCCCCAUCGUUUGGAGAGUUUUAAGGAGAUUUUGAGAGCAUCGUUCUUUGGAAAAUGCGAGCACAAUGUAUAUGGAGACUUCAAGCAAUACACCCCAGGGCAAGGAGAGGUGCCCUGUUAUUUCAUUCAUGUGGUUAAAAAGACUACUUAAAGCCACAUGCAUUCUGCCAUUUCUCUUUUUCUUUACUCUUUCAUGUUACACAUUCUUAAGCAUUAAAAAUAUAAAUGUACAUUGUACUUUACAGAACACUGCUGAGAGCAUGUCACACAGAAUGUGUUUUUGUGUUCCACUGUGCUGCUUAAUUGUUUUUUUUUUUUCUAUGUAAACAUGCGCUAGACGGAUGUCUUUGUCCAUUGAUCCACACGUCAAAUUACAGAAGUCAAAAUAAAAAGAUAAAUGCAUAAAAACCCCUUUUUCACCCCUGAAUAUUAAAGCAUUAUGGAAUAUGCUAUGUAAUAUAAACAGAUAAGUAAGUAAUAUAAGAAUGGUUGUUAUACAAGUCCGCAGGUAUAUCCAUGCUAUUCAGACUAACAGCACUAAUCGUGCUGUAAUAUUACUUUUAAAAACGAGCAAUAUAAUUAUUUCCAGUCACUCUGUUUGGAACGGUGUAGCAAAAAUAGACGAAGCUGAAUUAGCAAUUCAUACUGUGUGUUCGAGAAACACAGUGUGAAUGUUUUUGAACAAAUUGUGUUGUGUUAAUAAUUUAACUGCUCACUUAUAAAGACAGUUGUUUCCAACUACUGGCUUAACAUUGUAACCUGAAGAAAGAAUCGCUGAAAAAUCCUUAGCAAUUAUACAGUCGGCCUGUUUGGAACAUGGUGCAAACACAGAUAAACAAGAUGAUACAAACAGUGUAAGUAAAAGCGUGAUUAGGAUCUACAUUAAUCGUUACACAUAAAUCGUAAUAACUUACACAUACAUAAUGAACCAUACACAGUAUAAAUAUAGCCAUACAAAUAUGUAUAUUACUGAAUGUUCAGACAAAUACAUAUCACUGCUGUAUGUCUUUCAAAAAUGAUUUAAAGUGCUGAUUCUUUACUAUUUUUCAGGGUGAUUUAAAUAUGCACUGGCUAAUACAUAGUGUAAUGAUCUGUAGGUAUGCAAAGAUUAAAGUUUACUGGACCUUUUUUUUUUCAAUGUUCAAACUGUAUUUUCUUUAACAUCUUAUGGAGUUAAAGCCGGUGUUUCUUUAGGUUUGCUCAUUGAGGGUUGUAAGGCUUUAUUUCAUUUUCCUUCUUGUGUUUGACCCAUAUCAAAAUCCUUCGACACUCACACAAUGUCAGGACUGUCUGGCGUUGAAUUCCAAAAUAAAAGCCCUCCAAAAAUGAAUA